UUCGCCAGUUAUCGUCGGAUCCGUCUCUCUGGAUCCUCUGAUCAUCUCUCGCGAGGAUGUGCAAGUCUUAGUGCGCAGUUCGUCGUCCAAAAAUCCGAGGAGGACGUGCAGAAAUCUGUGUAUAGGAUCUCUCCAAGAAUUAUACUUGCCACUGCGAUCUUGAAGAUUCGUAGCGGUCCCCGGGAUCGCGUUCAGCUCCGAUAAAAGUCCGAUAAAAGAGUCGUGAAAAAGAUUGAUUAUCAGUAGCCAGUAGUCAAAAAGAUUGAUUGCUGAUUGAUAAAUAUAAUAUUAUUAAUAUUGGAAUACAAUAAAAUAAUCGAUUAGAUUUAAUUACGACAUUGUCGUUAUUAAAAUAUAUUGUAUUAUAAUAAUAUUUUAAAAUAAUUUACCGGAAUGAUAAAUAACUAUUCAAGAAUCCAGGGAAAGUAACGACGAUCGCUGAUUCGCCAUUGGAUUCCGAGAGAGUUGUACAUCGAUUUGCGCGAUAUGUUGGGGAUUCAAAUGACAUUUUAAGAUCGUUCACUACAACGAUUAAUCGGAACAUUUGAUCGGAGUAGGAAUGGAUAUCGAGUCGAUACCAAGAAAUAUAUCGCAGUUUAUUAUUGAAAACGCAGUGAUAUGUCGGAAAAAUUGCAUAGAGAGAAGAUAGAACCAGAGCAAAUUUGCGCGAUUGAUAAAAGGAAUUAUGGCAUAAAUAUAAUAGCGUUGAGAGUGAUGACAUCCAUGAUAACCAAUGACUUUAUCAACAACCGUGGUUGAACUCGAUAUCGAUCCCGGAUUUCGAACUGGAUUUCUUCUUCUUUUAAGUACCAUAUUUGGGAGUCUGGUUAUCACAACUUCCUUUAAUGAGGAUUUAUGUAUAGAGAUCAGAUGGAUGGUAUGUGUCAAGAUUAAAGGAGAGUGAUCUUUGUGAAUAUCGAGACAAGUUGAGUGAGAUCGUGGUGUAGAUCGAAUGAGACACGUAUCGAAUGGAGUGACGCCGGGAUUUCUCGCAGAUCAUCAUCGUCGUGGAUCAUCGAUGUAGCGCGAUGUCGGUCUGGUUGCCUGUCGUGGCGGCGACGCUGUGCCUCUGGAUGAGCGCUGAGAGUCAGUUCAGCGAUAAUACACCGCCCAUAAUGUGGCUGGAUCGGAACUGGGUGCUUCCGGAUAGCGAACCCGUAGGAAGCAUUGUAACCAGGGUUCGCGCCGAGGACAACGAGCAGGACACGCUGACCUACGGUUUGGAACCUCUCGGGCACAAUUACAAUGGGGACGAUAGUCCGCAGCCGCCAUUGCCCUUCUUCAUCGACAACAGCACCGGCACCGUCUUUCUCAACGAGACUCUCAAAGGAAGGGGAGGCCAGAACCUGUUCCUCUACGUGACCGUUUCCGACGGUCAGCUCACGGCGAAGACUGAGGUUUACGUCAACAUCAAGAACGCAUCGGCACCAAAUCGGGGAAAGACAAGAACACCAUUUCCUAAUCAGCACGGUUCUGGCGGCCGGAUACGACCGCCCUUCCUCGGUUUACCAAAUUUACCAAGCUUCCCCUCACCUUUACCCCCUUUACCGCCGAAGCAGUAUCAUCCUGAAACCACAAAACUUGAAUUGGAGAGGACGAAAUCCAAGGAGAACGAUAACAACGUCAGCGGCAGUACUAUUGGCACCGUCACGGAGGAGAACGUUGAGGUGAACGAGGUGGAGGGACCUGCACUGAGCUCAAAAAUCGCACCCUCAGCCGUGCCACCCUCCCAGGAUAUGGCGAUGACUCUGGUACCGGUGGUGGCCGGAUGCGCUCUCGUCGUGGGCCUUGGCAUGGGCGCGUGGUCGUUGAGGAACAGAUUUUGCGUCAGUCGCAAAUCUAAGGCGGACACGAAAGAACAGGCGUCGGUCAGCGUCUCCAAUUUAUCCGAUGAUCCUUCUCUCAUUCUGAAGAGGUGGCGGGGUCCAAAGGCUCGCAGUAAUCGUUACCAACCAUGGGAGAAGGAGUCUCAAGCAGGAAUUCAAAGCAAACAAGAGGAUAAGUGGGAAUUUCCCAGGCAUAGAUUGAAGGUUUUCAACAUCCUUGGCGAGGGUUGCUUUGGUCAAGUUUGGAAAUGCGAGGCUCUAGACAUCGAUGGCAAGUCCGACGCCACGAUUGUAGCGGUGAAAACUUUGAAGGAGAAUGCCACCGAACGAGAACGGCUGGACCUCGCGCAGGAAUUGCGGGUCAUGAAGAACCUAGAUCCUCAUCCCAACGUGGUGCGGCUCCUGGGAUGCUGCACCGAGCGCGAACCCAUGUUCGUCAUCUUGGAGUACGUAAGUGGCGGCAAGCUGCAGAGUUUCCUCAGAGCUUCCAGGGAAGAAAGGAAUCACGGAGGCGCAGGAUUGACCUCCAGGGAUCUUACUGGAUUUGUGUAUCAGAUUGCCAAAGGUAUGGAGUACCUAGCGUCGAAAGGCAUCAUUCAUAGAGACUUGGCCGCCAGGAAUAUUCUGAUCGACGAGAAUCGCGCUUGCAAGGUGGCAGAUUUUGGCUUUGCCAGGGACGUGGCGGCCAAUCAGAUUUACGAGAGAAAAUCCGAAGGUAGACUUCCGAUCAGGUGGAUGGCACCCGAGAGUCUGUAUGAUAAUAUAUUCUCCGUCAAAUCGGAUAUCUGGAGCUUCGGUGUGUUGAUCUGGGAAAUCGUGACUUUGGGAUCAACACCAUAUCCCGGAUUAGCCGCCGCGGAAGUGAUGCGAAGGAUUAAAGAGGGCUACAGAUUGGAUAGACCUGAACACUGUAAAAGAGAGCUUUAUAAUAUUAUGUAUUAUUGUUGGGACAAGGAUCCGGCGUGCAGACCGUCCUUUGCCGAACUUGUUAGCCUGACCGAAGGUUUACUGCUCGACGAAACGGAUUAUAUCGAGCUAGAUAGGUUUCCAGAUCACUCGUAUUACAAUGUACUCAAUCUCAGCGGAGAAAAAUUGUAAAUAAGUUUGUGUGAUUAAGAUAAGUUGUGAUGAUUAUUAACGCUGUUGUCACUUUCGACUUUUGUUGAAUAGAUAAUGCGUUUUGCAAUUAACAUUAUAAUUUAAUUGAACGGACGUUUAUUGCAUUAUAUAUUAUAUAAUGAUCGAAUUACGUAAAAUUAAUAAAUUACAUAAAAGAUUUAAAAAAAAAUAUAUUUAAUUUAAUAAUUUAAAUCUUUUUAGCCGAUUAUUAAAUUAUAUUGAUAUUUUGAUUGACCAAAUUAUUAUACUAUAUUUUGUAAUGAAGUCUUUAGUGACUUUGCUCGAAGAACGACUUGAGAGAAUUUUAAUAUUUUCGCUUGUUACAGCGUAAGACUGUUUGAUUGUUUUGUUAAAUACUCACGUGUGUACAUAUGACACGAUUUUGUAUGUUAGAAAUAUAUAAUAUAAACGCGCAAUACAAACUACUGCCUGA